AUGACGAUCGACGUAGACUCUAGAUGGGUCAUCAACGCUCUACAAGACGUUCUCCCCGAGCAAACCCUCCAACUACUGCAAGACCACGUCCUACACCUUUCGAGCACCCUCCGCACCCUCUACUCCUACACGCUCCUGGUGCUCCAACGCGCAGCCUACGUUCUCCAGCCCGUCCUCGUGCCCCUCGGCGAGCGCGCGAUGCGCGUAUUACACGACUCUCCGGACAUCGUAUUCCUCGGCUUCAUCCUCACACUACUCUUCAUCGCCUUCCAAGUGCUCCUCUGGGUCCAGCGUACAAUAUCCUUCUUCACGCGCUUGGCAUUCAAAGCCGUGCUCUGGAUGUUAUUAGGCCUAGCGCUGAUGACGAUAUGGAACCGUGGUCCCGAGGCCGUGAUCGGGGAUCUCGUGAUGAUUUCCCAGCGGGCGGUGGUAUAUGCUGGCAUGGUGAAGGAUAUCUGGGUUAGCGAAUACCAGAAGUAUGAUGCGCAGGGACGUGGUAAUGGAGGGAGUUCUUUUGGGGCGGGUGGGAGUGGGAUGAGAAGUGCUGGGUUUAGUGGGAGGGGGAGAUGA